CUACAUUCAUUUCAGUCAACGUUCAGCCUUGUUACAACCGUUCCUAGAGUGUAACGUUCGCGUCGUAAUAUUCCGCGAACACGCGCCAAAGUUUCUGGAUUAAACAAUGAAACAAAAAUAUAUUAUUAUUAAGUGGAUAUAAACAUCCUAGUGUUCUGCAAUAUUUCAUUGUAUUUUAUUAAGUUCGUGAAAUUUGUUUAAAGUGCAAGCGUUAAACUUAAAGUGUGUGGCGUUUAAAUUGCUUAAAGAAAUUGUUGUUAUUGUGUUUCAAUAUGGGAGCCUAGGAUUUGUUGGAUGAAAAGAAAAAUAGAUUAGAAAGUGACUUUGGCAACGAGAUGGGGACCAACCGGUUGCUUUCACCGUAUACUUUGGUGUUGAUUUGUACAGUAAUCGGAGUGAUUCGUUGUGAUGAUGAGCAGCACGACUCGCGGGAGGGUGACGACGUCACCAUGCAGUGCAGAUUCGGUUCCGAGGUGAAUCCUGGUGAUUCACCAACCUACUACUGGGUUCGGAGUACAGCCAGCGGCCAUGACAAUGUGGCAAUAGGAAAUAUACCCCUUGAAACGAAUUAUAAAGUAAUAUACGCUCCGUCAGAGGGACGAUACGAUUUGAUGGUGUCAAAUGUAUCGUACGAGCGUGACAACGGGAGAUUUGAAUGCCGUAUAAAGGCAGGUGGUUCGGGGAGGACGAUGCACUCGCAGGGACACAGUUUGGUGGUGCUCACUCAGCCGCAGCCGCCACUCCUGAGUCCCGGCACGCAUGCCCAGGCGCAGGAAGGUCGGGAACUCAAUUUAACCUGCUCGACGACAGGUGGAUCGCCUAGCCCUGAUAUCAAGUGGUAUCGGGAUGGCACUACGUAUCCACUAGAGGCGAGUGUGAUCAACGGCAGGACGCGGGUGCAGCCUUCAGUAGCCAUUCUUACCCUGGCUCCUAGCAGAGAGGACGAUGGAGCGAGUUUUCGCUGCGUUGUAUGGAACCGAGCGAUGCCUGAAGGACAGAGACUAGAUACAACUGUUGAAUUAAGUGUAAAUUAUUUUCCUCGAAUUGAAAUCGGUCCGGAGAAUCCAUUGCAUGUUGAAAUUGAUGGAACUGCAACGAUGGAAUGUAAAGUUGACGCAAAACCCAAAGUGAGCAACGUGCGCUGGACUCGAAAUGGCAAAUAUAUUUCAAACUCUUUUAUACACACUAUUCAAGAUGUGACAGUGCAAGACGCAGGCAAAUACACUUGCAGCGCUGAUAAUGGGCUUGAUCAUCCUGGGGAGAAGGAGAUUUACCUAGAUGUUCUCUAUCCUCCAAGUGUUACGAUUGACUCAAAAACGUACGACGCCGAAGAAGGCGGUACAGUUGAAAUACGUUGUGAAGUUUCUGCUAAUCCCGAACCAAUUUCAAUCGAUUGGACAAAGGAAGGAAAACCUGACUUUCGUCAAAAAGGAAACACUCUAGUUUUGACUAGAGUAGAUGCAGAAAUGGCUGGAACAUAUAUUUGCAAAGCCAUAAACGUAAUUACGUCAUCCGCAGGAAAUCGCAUGGAACGGGCUAGUAGCGCUUCAGUCGCUGUAUUGGUGAGACAUAAGCCAGGACGGGCAUUUAUUAGUCCUGAUCGGCCCGUAGCUCAAGAGGGUGCAGGAGUAACACUUACUUGUAGUGCUAAGCCUCCGGGCUGGCCGUCUCCUCAGUAUAGAUGGUUCCGGGAUAUCGAUGUCGGUGAUGUCAAACCGAACGUUCUCGCUACUGGCCAUAAAUACACAAUCCCGAGUGCACAUCUCGGUAGCGAGGGUGUUUAUCAUUGCCAGGCCACAAAUGAACUUGGUCAUGGCGAGAUUGCAUCCGUCAACCUCGAAGUAUAUCAACCUCCGCGCUUCCAAUCAAAACUCCAACCGCACAUGAUAAAGAACUCCGGUGAAAGAAAUUAUUCUUUGACGUGCAUUGCGUUGGGAAAACCGCUACCCCAUGUCAAAUGGUACAAAGACAAUUCCGAAAUAAAAGCGGAUGCUAAUUUAUAUGAAGUCAAAACAGAAAUAAAUGAAAGUAGAAACGCGGUGUUCAACAUACAAAGUACGUUACGAUUCAAAGGUCGCGCGAGGCCUAACGGGGAUGACUUACUUCCGGAGGAUAGGGGAGUCUAUUCUUGUUCCUUCGAAAAUGAAGUAAAGAAAGUGGAAUCAACUAUGCAGCUCAGGAUUGAACACGAACCAAUUUCAAUCCGACAACAAAACAAAGUAGCUUACGAUGUGAUGGAGAAUGCUGAAAUAUCGUGUAGAGUUCAAGCUUAUCCCAAACCAGAAUUUCAGUGGUUUUACGGCGCAAAUACGGCACCAUUGCAGAUGUCCUCGGACGGGCAUUACGAGAUAACUACUACAACGGACAAUAACGACUCCUACUUAAGUAUUCUGCUUAUACGCAACAUUAAAGGACAGGACUACGGUGAUUAUUACUGUAAAGUAAAAAAUUCAUUGGGUAGUAUACGUCCGCAAAUAAGAUUGCAACCAAAAGGUGCACCUGAAUCCCCUCGCGCUUUAGCUAGUCAAAAAGUAGGACCGAGUUUCGUGUCUCUCAAAUGGGAAGCGGGAUUCGAUGGGGGAUUAUCGAAUACAAAAUAUUUUGUACUAUAUCGAAGACAGAAGAAUCCAGCUGGCGGAGAACACUGUGCCACAGAAAGAUUAGACGAGUACGACUGGAAAGAAUACGACUGUCGGCGAUCCAAUCCGUGCAAUGUUACCCGCCUUGAGCAACAUAAUACCUACCAUUUUAAGGUGAAAGCAGUUAAUACAAAAGGGCAGAGCAACUACUCCAAUGAGAUCAUGGUGACGACGAAAGUUGACAUUAUACCACCGCCGGAACAGGUGACAUUUGAUCCCAGUACGAGAUCCGUUGCGUUCAGUGUGGGGCCUACGUGCCUCCCCCUAGUAGGGGUGGUGGAAGGUCUGGGAGCGCUUGGUGGCUGGCAGGUCGUAGAUACGGUGCCACUGCAAUUAUCGGGUAUUAGUUCCACUAUACAAGAAAGUACCCUGGAUCCUCCCACGCCUCGCGGUAGAGGCUCCUCUGUGCCACCAUUAGACCAAUUAAAUCCUAGGGUCCGUUUGAGGCUUUGUUUACAAGACAAUCAAGAUACGUGCAGUGAAUACAUAGAGGCUGAUAUUGGUCCAUCAUACACGAAGGCAGCUGCCGCAUUGACUACUGCCACGGUCAUCGCAAUAGUCGUAUCUUGCUUAGUCUUUUUACUCUUUUUGAGCCUUUUAUUCAUCUUUUGUCGGUGUAAACGUAAUGAGAACAAAAAAGAAGCGUCAAAGGACUAUGAAAUGGACUCUAUGAGGCCUCCCAUGGUGUCGCCACCUAACCAAGCGCCCCCUCCAUAUUAUCCGAGUACGGGGAUGGAGAACAAGGCGCUCGAACAUUCUAUGGACUUGCAAAUGGCUAUGGAUGACUCGAAGAAUGCAGUAUACGCGAGUCAGGGCGGCUACGGGUACCACAUGGCGCCCCACACCCAAGGUCAUCCUGGGCAAAAUAUGUCGAACGCGGACUGGGUAAAUAUGGGGUAUAUUGAGAAUUGCUACACGAACAGUAAUAACGGAGGCAGCGUCAACUCCCAAGACUCCCUUUGGCAGAUGAAGAUGGCUGCGGCAAAUGCGGCACCCAGCAUUCCUCAGCAUCAGAUGGUAGACCGGCAGUGUAAUUAUGGGUAUGACCCAAUAGCGCAUGGUGGCUAUGGAACUAUUGACGACUACGCCCCAUAUUCUCCCCUGCCGCACGGCAACCUCAGCACCCACGGUAGUCAUGCUGGAGCUGACUGUGCCAUGCGUUCAUCACAGACGCCGUCAAGACAGGACUAUUGCUCCGAUCCAUACGCCUCCGUGCACAAGCCCAAGAAAAGGGUGGAUCAACAUAUCGAAUCACCUUAUCAUGAAGUAAGCGGUCUGCCUGAGACGUAUUGUGGGGGGCCUGAAGACGCCACUCCCGAAGACAAGCCGCCCCAUCUAUCUCUUAGCUACGAUGAAUCUCUUGAGUCUGGAUAUUCCACACCUAACUCUCGAGCAAGGAGAGUUAUUCGCGAAAUCAUUGUGUAAAUAUGAAAAACAUCACUGGUAAAUUUCCUAAUAAAAUUAAUUGGACCACUAAUAUUCAUUUGUACAAUUGUAACUUCCGCAUAUCUUGCGGAAAUUUCUGAGGGAUCUGAUUUUCAGAUUCUCUUUGAACGUCCUUAUCUUUUACUGAAUUUAAUAAUUCUUUACUAAAUAGCAAGGUUAGGUAAAAAUCAUUACAUAGAUUAAGAUAUUAUUUCAUAUUGUAAGCGAACUAAAUGUUUAGUUAAAACACAUAAAAUAUUACACUACGUAGGCCACAGCCGACGUCAUAUGCAACACAUUGUAAUUAUACAUCCUAUAUACAUAUUACUCUCUGACAACUGCGUACACGACAACAGCAGGUACAGGAGACAUCAGAGAAGUGCUAAUCAAGUAAUACAUUGCUCCAAAACAAGAUGGAACUAUUAUAAUUUAUAAUAUUUGCCUGCGUCAUGUUCCGACAGUGCAAAGGGAAUCCUAAUUACUCAGUUGAAUAGCAUCUUGUUCUCAAUAAUUUACGCCCUGUCUCGGAGAAAUGAGCUAAGCUCGCUCAGCCUUUGUUGCAUUUUAGUUGUUUCGACAUUCGUUUGUUAAUGUGAAACUUCCUUGCAUUUAAAGUAUGCAGAAUUAUUUAUGUAACAACAACAACACACCUUUAUAAAACUAGCAUUUUCAGAUCAAAUAUUUUGAUUUGAUUAUUAAAUUUCUUCUUGGGCCUAUAAUAUAAACAGGAUCUUAGCCUUAGUACAAUAUUGAAUUUUUCAACUGUUUUUUACAUACAAAGUAAACAUUAUAUCUGUAAAAUGACAAAUGGUAAGAAAAAUGCUUUGAAAUUAUUUUCGCAAAAACGAGAUAAGCCCUUUUUGCUUCAAUCACUCUAAUUACACUAUACGGCCGUCGGCCAUUGGUGCUGAACUUUUCCUUUUUCGUCUUUGUUCUGGCCCAGGAAUCACGAACAGAGACUAAUCCUAAUCUCAUAUACAAGAUGAAAACAUAUCGAAAUACAGUUCAAAGUUGUUAUACUAAUGUUAAAAGGCUGUUCCAGCAAAAACAUUGAUUUUCAAUCAUUCGCGCCGCACAAAGGCGGUUCGACUCACAUGACAAAACAAUUAAUCCGUUUGAGUCAUUAAAUCUGCAUAAUUGUUACAAAAUUGCAACAAUAAUAACUUAAAGGUUUGAGAACUAUCGUUUCUCAAACUAAAUAUCAUCGUAUAGUUAUAAUUAUCGUUUAAUCACUUAAUAUAAAGCGUGUAUAAAAUCAUAACUUAACUAUAAGAAACGCCGUCCUUUUGUCAAAAAUACUCUUUAAAACUUCGGUGCCAUUACGUUAAUGUAUUAGGACUUUCGCUAUAUAACUUUAAUGCCAGUUAUUUCAUACUCUAUGGCAACCGUGUUUAGUUUUUUUUGAAGCCAUAAAAAGGAAUAAUCUCCUCGUUGCUUGCAAAUACUUAAAAUAUACUUCUUUCAUUUGUGCGCUUAUAUUCCACAUUUGAUGGUAUUUAUUUUUGGCUGACCCAACUGCGGUCAAUUUACAUCUUAGAAUUACUUAUGUUCCAAGUAAUUUAGUAGAAGUACUUACUUUUAAUUAUUCAAUUUCAUUAGGUUUUAUUUCACUACAUAUAUAUCACAAACCUUUUUCUUUUUAUUGAUGUUAGAAAAUCAAUAUUAUUAUUUUAUAUUACACAUCUUUAAUUAUAUAUAAAACACACCACUUAUUAAAAUAAUCAUGUGAUAGCUUUCAUUAUAUCAGAUGUCGUUAGUUUUAUUAGUGUUAUAAAGCACGAAAUGGGCCCACCUUUAAUAAAUAGGAUCUGGACCACCGGAAAUGUUCAUUUUUAAAUUAUUUUGUUAUAUACAGGGUGGGAUUUUGUGUUUUUUUAAAUAAAGUUUCUUUUAAGCAAUAAUUGCUGUCCCUUCCAUUAGGGGAUUUCCCAGGUGGUGUUUUUAAAAAGUUCCAGCCUGUAUAAUGAAUGUUUCUCGUAUAUCUUUGAGUCAUACAAGCCACUUUUACAGAAUUAAAAGAUCUCGGACACUCGGCAUCAACGUGGCUGAUAAUUGUUCAAAUAUAAAUAUAUUAUAUAAUUCUAUUGAUAAUCAUAGUGCUUAGGUACUUAGUAUAAUUUGUCGUGAUUAAUAUCUUUCGAAUUUAAUGGUGCAAUUUACGUAUUGAAAGAUAUACGUAGAUAUUAGCUUUCACUCAGGGUCAAUAAUGUAUUGUACACAGCUUCAGGAUAUGUUUUGCACAUACAUGUAUCUUGUUGUCCUUAUCACAUGGCCCAUAUGAAGUAGGAAGGUAAUAUGAAUAGCUUGAUUUUUGAUCGUUGCAUAACUUUCUUUAAUACUAGUAUAAGAAAUAUAUUUAAAUGAAAUCUUUGUCUCUUUUUGUGUACAAUUAAAACUUUAACCCUCUAUACAACGACAAGUACUUAUGAUCUUAGUUGAUAAUGAAAAUGAAACUUCUUUAUACUUUUUAUAGUUUAAGUUAACGGUUAAGUUUUGUACAUUUAAACUUGUAUAUUUUUUAUCUAUACUGUACUUAAACGCCAAACGUUAAUUUGUAACGAAAUGCGCCAUAUUUUAAUUUUAAGAUCUGACAUCGUACGUUAAAUUAAUUGUUGUAUUAUAACAAUGAACUUGUGGAAUCUAUUGUAAAUAUUGAUGUAUUAACUUUCGUGAAAAUAAAUUCUUUUUCACUCCA